AUGAGCGAAUACUGGGUCUCGAACAAAAAAUACUUUUGUAAAUACUGCGAAAUCUUCAUUGCCGACGACGCACCGUCGCGCACUCAACACGAAAAUGGGUUACGACACAAGGGCAAGAAGGAGCAGUUUAUUCGCAACUUGUACAAGUCAGGAGAGAAGAAAAAGCGCGAGCAAGAGGAGGAACGAAAGGAAAUGGCGCGGAUAGAGCUGGCGGCACAAGCGUCGUUUGCUGGUGAUGUUCAGUCGGGUCGUGCCAAAGGAUCUACCUCGAGUUACACCGCACUUCCAAAACCCUCAGCUCCAAAGCCUGCCGUCAAGUCGGGGCCAUCCAUGGCCAACUAUACGACUGCAAGAGACCUUGGUAUAGCUCAAGAAGAGGAGGAGAAGAUGGCAAAGGCAAUCGCAAUGGCACAAAGUCAGGGCGUCGUUGGCCAAUGGGAAGUCGUCGAAACGACUACUCCCACCGCGUCUGCGCUACCUCAGAAGAGACCCCUUGAAGACGACGAAGACGAGGAGGGUGAAGGAUACCGUGUGCGAAGAAAGAAGCUCGCGGAAGGACUAGGGGAGAUCUAUGACCCGGGUGUGAUCACCUUGAUCCCGAAAAAGCAGCCAGAGAAUGAAAUCGAGGCUCCAACUGUGCAAUCAGAGAAAGAGCCAAAGGUACCAGCGCCGCUCAAGUGGUCAACGAAACGAUGGAAGACCGGAGAUGCAGAUCCAGAUGUGGACGCGACAAGUGACAAUGAACAGCCGACUCAACUCAAUGAGGUCGUUGAGACACAGAGUGCGGAUGCCCUUACGGAACGUCACGUCCAAGAUCCGCCGUCGCUUACAGAGGAAAAGCCGCAAGAUCAGCCAAAGCCGACGGAGGAGGUUGCACCGACAAAGAGCAUGUUUAAGAAGCGAAAGGGACCUUCGCAGUCAGUUGGGACCAAGACAGGGGCUCGUAAGCAGUUGUAG